AUGUUCUCAUUGAAUUCUUUAAACACUCAAAACCAGAUUCUUAUUAGUUUUAGUCAACUAUCAUCGCGAUAUUCUGGUUUAUUCAGACAUAGAAAACAAAACAACUGUAAAAGCAAAGAUGUGAAACAAACGGCAACAUAUUAUGAUGCAACUAUUUGUCAUGAGAGUUUUCAAGAGGCGCUGAAGAAUUUUGAUAAGAAUGCCUUACGUGAUUUGCGUAGUUAUGAUGCGAGGUCCUCGGGGCUGCUUACUAAAAGCCUAUCAAUCGGGAAGAUAAGUUCAUCCAAGAAAGUAUCACAUGUCUCUGGCUUUACUUUCGAUCAAAAUAAAAAUGGAUGGGCUGCUCUUACACCUACUGUUACAGUUGAUUUGAGUGGAAGAAAGUUUAGCGUUUCAGAUAAUUUUGUAGGUUUAUUAUCGAGGAGUAUAUUAGAUACCACUUUUAAAUACAAUAUUCAAGUGAGAGGUUUUAAAACUGAGAGGAAUGUACAUGCAGAUUUAAAAAGGAAUCCAAAUCUUCUUAACAGACUGCGUAAGUCUUUGGGUCAGUAUGGCUUAAAUGGAGCAGAGACAGAAAAACAGACUGCAGCUGGGCCAGAGGUUGCACCUAGACUGGAGAAACUAUUAAAUGAAGAUACAAUUCUUACACAUCAGCAGAAAGAUAAGAUUAAGAUUGCAUUUGCUGAAGGCUACUUAGCUGGAUCCCAUCCAGAAAAUGCACGUGGAACAAAGGCAUCGAAGUACCUGAAGUUAGUGCAGCAGCUACUCACAAUAGUUCUAUUUCUCGCCAUUUUUGUCAGCCUUAUGGCUUCUGUCAGUGGCACUGUCUUCCGUAUUCAAUUGGGAAACCAAGUGGAGGUAGAUCCAGAAGACAUCUCUGUUACUUUUGAUGAUGUGAAGGGGGCUGAUGAAGCUAAACAAGAGUUGAAGGAUGUUGUGGAAUUCCUUAAAUCUCCUGAGAAGUUCUCAUCUUUGGGUGGUAAAUUGCCUAAAGGGGUGUUGCUAGUGGGACCUCCGGGUACCGGUAAGACACUCUUAGCUCGGGCAGUGGCCGGCGAGGCGAGGGUGCCCUUCUUCCACGCGGCCGGGCCAGAGUUUGAUGAAAUCCUAGUGGGGCAAGGGGCGAGACGAGUCAGAGAUCUCUUCAAAGCGGCAAAAGAGCGGGCGCCGUGCGUCAUAUUCAUUGACGAAAUCGACUCCGUCGGAGCCAAGAGGACGAACAGUGUGCUGCACCCUUACGCUAACCAGACCAUAAAUCAGCUGCUCUCGGAGAUGGACGGUUUCCACCAGAACGAAGGAGUGAUAGUACUGGGAGCCACCAACAGGAGGGAUGACCUCGACCAGGCCCUGCUUAGACCUGGAAGAUUUGAUGUCGAGGUGUCAGUCCCGACGCCGGACUACGGGGGUCGCCUGGAGAUCCUCCGCAUGUACGUGUCGAGGAUCGCCGCUGCGCCGGAGAUGAACGUGGAGUCCCUGGCCCGGAGCACCACCGGCUUCACUGGAGCCGACCUAGAGAGCAUGGUCAACCAGGCCGCACUCAAGGCAGCAAUCGACGGAGCCAAGACAGUGACGAUGUCAUACCUGGAGGAAGCUCGCGACAAGGUCUUGAUGGGUCCAGCCCGGAGGAGCCGUCUGCCCGACGACGAAGCCAACGCCAUCACCGCCUGCCACGAAGGAGGACACGCCUUGGUCGCUCACUACACCAAGGAUUCGCACCCACUUCACAAGGUGACCAUAAUCCCUCGCGGCCCUUCACUCGGCCACACCGCCUACAUCCCCGCCAAGGAAAGAUACCACGUGACAAAGCAGCAGCUUCUGGCCAUGAUGGACACCAUGAUGGGGGGCAGAGCGGCAGAGGAACUCGUCUAUGGACCCGAAAAGAUCACAUCCGGUGCGUCUUCCGAUCUGAAGCAGGCGACGUCGAUCGCCAUACACAUGGUCCGCGAGUGGGGCAUGAGCGACAAAGUGGGGCUCCGCAGCAUGGAGGCCCCCAAGGGAGCCUUCCAGCAGGAACAGCUCGGCCCGCAGACCAACGAAAUGGUGGACUCGGAGAUCAAGAAGAUCCUGUCGGAGAGCUACGAGCGCGCGAAGGCCAUUCUGCGGGCCCACGCCAAGGAGCACAAGGCUCUGUCCGAGGCUUUGCUCAAAUACGAGACCUUGGACGCAGACGAUAUCAAAGCCAUAAUGAACGGAGAGAAGACCAAGAUGGAAAAGCAGAAGAGCAAAGAGUCCAGCGGAACCCCUGCGGCCCAGACCCCUCCGGCCCCCGUCCCCUCUGGAACCCUACUCGGACAGCCGGCAGCCGCUUAG